GCGGACGUGAAGGGACACGGACACCUGGGGGGGUUCGGACAUGGUGAGUGGACACGAACAUGAUGCACACGGGACACCGAGCUGCAGACACGGGUAGGCGACACCGGGAUGGGGACACCCAGCCUGCCAGGGGACACAGCCACAGAGUCCCCAGGCUCCCACCCGGCCCCGGGGUUCUCCCACACUCGGGGGCUCCCUGUGCUGCCGGGGGGGGGGUCUGUGUGCCCACGCGCGUGUCCCCCACCCCUCGGGUCACCUGGGUCACCGGGACACUCAGCCAGUGCCGGGGGGAUGCUCAUCACCCCAAUUAAGGACCGGGGGUCUGACAGGGGUCAGGGGGUGUUGACGUGGGGGUGCUGCCCCCCUGCCCCCCCCCGGGGCUGGCUACGCCCUGGCAGGGUGACACGGGACAGCCGGACCCGCCUGUUCCUCUUCUCCACACCAGGCAGCAGCGGCCGGAGCGCAGGCUCCCGCUGCAGUGGAAGGACCAUGGGGGUCCCCGCGGCUCCGCUGCUGCUGCUGCUGCUGCUGCUGCUCCCCGUGGCCCCCACACUCCUCGUGUCCCCCUGUUUCCCUUCGCUACUGGACCUUUCCCAAGAGCUGGACCUGACCAACCGCAGCAGCGGGUGCGCCGAGCUGGACUGGAGCCCGUUCCAGGGGCACCGCCGGCUGCUGCUGAGGCACAACGGCAUCGAGGCCCUGAGCCCCUCGGCCCGCCUCGGGCCCCGGCUGGAGGAGCUGGACCUGGCGGAGAACCGGCUGCGGGAGCUGCCCGACGGCUUCUUCACCAACGCCACGGCGCUGCGGAGCCUGAGCCUGGAGGGGAACCCCCUCCCCGCCGUGCCCCCCGCCGCCUUCAAGUCCACGCUGCGCUCCCUGAGGGUGUCCUGCCGCUGCGACGUGCUGGGCACCGUGCUGGCCCCCUGUGCCCGCGGGGGGAUCCUCUGCCUGUGCCUCACAUCCCACCGGCAUCCCUUCAACGUCACGGAAUUCCACGGCCGGGAGUGCGGGCCCGGCGCGGGGCUGGUGGCCGGGCUGGUGGCCGGAGUGGCCGGGGCGGUGGCCGUGCUGGUGGCAGCGCUGGUGGCCGCCGUGUGGUACCGGCGGAGGAGAGCGGGAGCCGCGGUGGGCGGCGGGGGAAGGGGGAAGCAGGAUCCCGCUGGAACCCUCCGGCAGCCCCGCUACAUCAGCCGGGACGUCGGGAGCGGCAGCGCCGAUGUCACCGACGGCCCCGACUACGAGAACGUCUUCGUGACUCCCGGCACGGCCCCGGCUGCCGCGCAGGGAUGGGCACCGGCGUGGCAGGAGCCGCGCUACAGCCCCCAGGUCCCCCUCCACGAGGAUUAUUUCCUGGAGAGCGCCGCCGAUCCCGGGUUCCAGCCCAUCUACGCCAACACUCUGGGCCCCACCGAGGACAUCUACAUCACUCCUGACCAGUGAGGGGCUGGGGGGACACUGGGAGGGCUGGGGGGACACUGUGUCCCCCCGUGCUGCCCUUUCCCGGGCUGUCCCCCAGCCCAGCGGGGACAGGGACGUUCCCCCUGCAGGACCACGCGUGGUUCCCACGCACAUCCUGUGGGAGCUCCUUUUGCAGGGUUUUUUUUUGUUUUGUUGUUUUUUGGCAGCCCCAGCUCCCUCCUUCGCCCCAGUUCUCAGGCGGAGGUGAGGGCUGAGCUGACAUUUCCUCCCGGGGCUGCGGCCACCGACCGCGGGGACGCCUCUGCCGCAUCCGCCGGCAGCGCCCCCGGAGCGCCGGGGCCGGGACACGCCCGGGGCCGGCUGGAGGAGCUGGGGCCGGGCUCAGCUCUGGCUCAGCCCGGCUGACCACGGCCUCGGCUUCCUCUUCCCCUUUUGAGCCGAUGGAGAGCUCGCCUGGGGACGGGCUGGCGGUUGGGGACAUCCGGUGCCACCUGCUCAAUCUUUUCUUGCUAAAUCUGCUGCUUUGGGGAACAAAGAAAAAGCUCGUUUUUUUUAAUCCUCCUGGUGAGACCCCGAGCUGUUGGGACAUAGGGACCCCAUGGCUUGUCUGGGUGUCCCCCCAGUCCCUGGGAGGCUUCACUGUGCCCCAUUAAAUGGUUUAAUUAUCUCUAA